AUGGGAGAAAAUUCGUCAGAGAUAAGAGAUGAUGAGAUGAUGGGACAUGAAGAGAUGAGUCUUCAACCGGUUGGAGAAAUCAGCAUUGACAGAGAUUGUAUUGAAAAGGGACGGCCAGCGAACCGAUUGGAAUCGACGAAAGAAGGAUGGGACGAGAUUGUUGGAGAUUUAGCACCAUCCUUGGAGGGAGAGGGUGAAAAAAUACAAGACACUUUGGGUAUCGGUAAAGAAAGUAUGGAGAACACAGAAACAGAGACGAUUACAACUGAAGUGAAGAUUGUCGAGUCUAAACUUGUUUCAAACGACGAAGAUAUCUUACCACCAACACCAGAUAUCCCUCCUUCAUCAUUUACACCACUAAGCAUCGAAACUCCAACUUCAUCAAGAAAGAAAUCUGUUCAAUCGACCAACAGUUCACCAUCACCAAGAAUCGCUUCCGAGGACGAUCAAAAUUUGGAUCAAAUGAUUCAUCUCUCAUUGGAAAUUCAGCAGACCCGGGGUCAAAAGACUAGUUUUGUUUCGAGAAAUCAAAGCUCAAAACCGCAGAAACGACAGCCUCCACCCAAAAAGCGAAAGCUCACUCAAUCAGUGAUUGAAAAAAUCGAAAGCCAUUCAAGCACAUCUACCGCUUCAUCUAAAAAACAAGACCAGAAGCUAAGGAAAAGGGACAAUUCUAAAAAAGAAAAGGAUAAGGAAAUCAAUCGAUUGAAUCAUCAAAACGGAAAACUUUUGGGAAAAAAUCAAAUGUUAAUGGAGAAAAUCGAUCAUCUCGAAGAAAAAGCUGCUCGACAACCAAUUGUGCAUUUAUCAAGUCCUAUU